CUCACACUAUUCUUUUGCUUAUUCUUUUGCUUCAGACCCUUCACUCUUUCAGGAAGAAAUAUAAUACUAUGCCGAUCUUUAACUGGGUGCAGAAGAAGCUGCACCAAAAUGUCAUCAGAGAUGGUAUGACGAAAAGCGAGAAAAAGAAGAGAGGUGAAGGAACAAGUGAGAUAGAGAAGAACACGAAAGCUAUAUUGGAUCAGGUUGGGUUAGUGGAUGCUCUUGAUAACUGGUUUGAUGGAGUUCUCACCAUCGGCACUUUCGGUUUUGACACUUUGAAAUUUCAAGAAGAAGCCGAAAUAGAUGAUGGUAAUGAAUGCGAGAGUGUGGGUAUCGACCAUGUUGUAGUCGAUGGUAGCAUCAUCAAGAACGUCAGCCAAGAGUCAGACCCUCUUAUCUCCAAUGAAAAUAAGGUUUAUGAUCAUCAUGAGGAUUUAGGGGUAUUGGACAUUGAUCACUCUGACUCAGUCAAAACGGUUGAAAACUCCGUGGUCGUGGCCGCGGUGGAGGCCGAGGUGGAUCCGGAGAAGAAGAGGACAACCCUAGCUGAACUCUUCAUGGAAGACCAAGACCAUGAUACAAAGCAUGACAAGGAGAAACAAAAGAACCCUAAUCUUAAUGUUGAUGGUCAGAAGGUUAAAUAUCAUAAACAAAACGGGUCAAAGCUGUGUAGUAAGUUCACGUUUGCUAAGAGGAUGGUCACUUCAAAGUCCAAAGAUAAAGAACAAGACUCGCGUCCAACCAAGAAAGUGCAUGACUCGCGUCCAAUCAAGAAAGUGCAUCAGAUAAUAAAGAGGAUGUUAAAGAAGAAGAUUCAUCCAGAUGUAGAUGCGACUAGGGCUUCUAAAAAGGACGGUCCAUACAAGCCAGCCCUGAAAUGUGAAGCUCUCGAGACACUUUAUCUUCUUAAUGUUCCAGAUUGCGUUGCUUAGAAGUCUGAGAAGAACGACAACACAGAGCAAUUACUGGACUUGUGCUUUUCAUAUUAUAUAUAUGUGGUUUCUAUUUUUCUUUUUGCAAACAUGUUUCUAUUUUUUUGUUAUUUGAGAAUGUGUUGUGGGUUAAGAAUGAUUGUAGAACGAGAAUGUGUUGUCACUGUUUGUUUAUGUCUUAUUCGUAUUUUAUUUUAUUACAAUGUGCUAUCACUUUUAAAUUUCGACGAGUUUAUGUACUUCGUGCCUCGUUCUACGAGUUUCUGUAUAAUCAUUCUGAGAUAUUAUUCCAUUAUGCUAAUAACUUAAUUAGUUUAUA